UUACCAUGUCUCCUUGUUCCCACUGCGAAGCAGCGAGUAAUUCUGGUCGAGUCCCAACAGCUGGCCGGAUAUCUCGGCAAACCUGGUAAACCUUCUGCUCGGGUUGCACCCGAUGAGGGGGCGCAGUGGCUGAGCUUGGAUUAUUUAUAUCCUGUACAUUAUAUCACGAGCUUCCUUCAGUUAUCUUCUCGUGCCCUUACAUGGAAAACACUUUCUGAGCCUCGUCUGUCGUUAGAAACAAUGUCGAAGAUUGAUACCCAUCAUCACUUUGUGCCGCAGUUCUAUGCCGAAGCGGUUGAAAAUGCGGGAGGUGACCCCUCUGGCUGGUCCACUCCCAAAUGGAGCGCUGAAGCAUCAUUGGCUUCUAUGAACAAGAAUGGCACACAGAAAGCGAUCUUGUCUCUAACAGCUCCCGGAGCUGUCAUCGCCCCGGACGACAGCAGCCGACGCAACUUGGCCCGACAGGCAAACGAAUAUGCGGCUCACUUGAGGGAUGAGCAACCCGAGAGAUUCGGAUUCUUCGCGGCAUUGCCAUGUCUGCUAGACACUGAGGGCGCAUUGAAAGAGAUUCGGUAUAGUCUAGACAUACUCAAAGCCGAGGGUGUCACUCUUUUCACUAGAUACGGCACCGGAAAUCACUACCUGGGUCAUCCGGACUUUCGCCCCAUCUGGGAGGAUCUCAACCGUCGCAAAGCCGUUGUGUUCAUUCACCCGACUCAUCCGGUUGAUACCAAUCGCGUCAACCCCCAAUUACCUCAACCGGCUAUUGAUUAUCCUCAUGAAACCACCCGUACUGCUGUGGACCUUCUCACUACGGGAACAAAAGCGGCCUUUCCGGACUGCAAGAUUAUCCUUUCUCACGCCGGUGGCACCCUUCCCUACCUGAUCUCCCGCCUAACCACCGUCACCAAAGACCCUGAAAUGGAGUACAAACCCUAUGAGCGUGGCCCAAACGAGAUGGUCGAAGACUUCAAAUCAUUUUACUUUGACCUCGCUCUUUCCAGCUCGCCGGCAGUGCUGACUCUUCUGCUGAGCCUCGUGCCUCAUGAUCACAUUGUAUACGGUUCCGACUUUCCUUACGCUAACAACAAUAAAAUUGCUGGGUUCAAGGAGGCUUUGGACGAAUACCCACUGGAUCAAGAAUUGAGGGACCGUAUCUACUAUGCAAAUGCCCAGAAACUUCUUUCUCGUCACUGAGCGAUACGUCAGCAGUUUCUUGAGAGUUCACACAAUGAGAAACAGUUUCGUACAUAAAUUCAUACAUUCAUUACAGUACAUAGUAUGCUACCAGAAACCUAUAGCCCUUGAGCACACACCGUGUUUCGGUAGUUAAAACGUGAUAGGAUAACCAAACAACAAGCAUGAAAAGGAG